AUCAUUUUUUCCAGUUCAACACGGAAGUAUUUACAUUCAGUACAACCCUUCUGAUAUCAUUGAAAACGCUGAAAACAAUUCGUGAUUUUGUCUCUAGAAGUGCACAAACGGAUAAAGUUUCAACAUGCCGAAUUUGGACAAGCAUCUUUUCAACUUAAAGUUUGCUGCUAAAGAGCUGCAGCGGAGCUCCAAAAAAUGUGAUAAAGAGGAGAAAGUUGAAAAGGCCAAAGUGAAGAAGGCCAUCCAAAAGGGAAACAUGGAAGUAGCACGCAUCCAUGCAGAGAAUGCCAUUCGACAGAAAAGCCAAUCUGUGAACUAUCUCAGGAUGAGUGCACGUGUUGAUGCUGUAGCAGCAAGGGUUCAGACUGCUGUCACUAUGAACAAGGUGACCAAGGAUAUGGCUGGCGUUGUUAAGGGCAUGGAUGCUGUGCUGAAGAGCAUGAAUCUGGAGAAGGUCUCCUCUUUGAUGGAUAAAUUUGAACGCCAGUUUGAGACUCUGGAUGUCCAGACUGCUCAGAUGGAGGACACUAUGAGCAGCUCAACCACACUGACCACCCCACAGGGUCAAGUGGAUGGUCUGAUGAGGGAGAUGGCAGACGAAGCAGGACUGGAUCUUAAUAUGGAGCUCCCAGAAGGCCAAACGGGAUCGCUUGCUACAGCAAGUGUGGCAUCUGCAGAGCAGGAUGAGUUGUCUUCAAGACUUGCCAAGCUACGGGACCAGGUCUGAUAGAACUGACAUCGAAACUGUUGGGUCACAUUUAUUUGUCUGUGUGAGUCGUUACCUGUUGCAUUAAUUGCCAUGUUUUUCCUCUGAAAGCAAUGACAUGAAUGCAAGUGGAUUGGUGUGGGAGGAAAGUUUGGAAAACUAGUUUCGGAAUAUUGUAAUUAUUUUCUUUUGUUCUAGUGUCACAACACUAAAGCUGCGAUUACUGGUAUAUGGAAAUAUUUACAGUUUUUAAAUUAUUGCUAUUUUUUUCUUAUUUUUGUACACUUUCUCCUCCAGUGUCAAUUUAAGUGUGUUGGUGCGGAGUGUUUUGGAAAUUGUAGCUUUACAAUUUUAUAUUGCAGUGUACUGUACAUAUAUCAUGUAUAUAUUCAUUUGAUCACACUCUAAUUUCUUAGUAUGUAUACUCAAUGUUGGUGCCUUUCUGGAAGAAAAUGGAUGUACCUCUUAUAUUACUAUGCAAUAAAUAUUUUGCGACUUUCAAA